AUGGCGGACGUGCUCAGCGUUUUGCGACAGUACAACAUCCAGAAGAAGGAGAUUGUGGUGAAGGGAGACGAAGUGAUCUUCGGGGAGCUCUCCUGGCCCAAGAAUGUGAAGACCAACUAUGUCGUUUGGGGAACUGGAAAAGAAGGCCACCCCAGAGAGUACUACACACUGGAUUCCAUCUUAUUUCUACUUAGUAAUGUACACCUUUCUCAUCCUGUUUAUGUCCGAUGUGCAGCUACUGAAAAUAUUACUGCGGUUAGAAGACCUGACCGAAAAGAUCUACUUGGAUAUCUCAGUGGUGAAGCAUCGACAUCGGCAAGUAUAGAUAGAAGUGCUCCCCUAGAAACAGGUCUUUGGCGAUCCACUCAAGUCAAACGAGCUGCAGAUGAAGUUUUAGCAGAAGCAAAGAAACCACGAAUUGAGGAUGAAGAGUGUGUGCACCUUGAUAAAGAGAGAUUGGCUGCUCGUUUGGAGCACCACAAGGAAGGGAUUGUACAGACUGAACAGAUUAGGUCUUUGUCUACAGCUAUGUCAGUAGAAAAAAUUGCUGCAAUCAAAGCCAAAAUUAUGGCCAAGAAAAGAUCUACUAUCAAGACUGAUUUAGAUGAUGGUAUAACUGCCUUUAAACAGAGGAGGUUUGUGGAUGCUGAGGUAGAUGUGACCCAAGAUAUUGUUAGCAGAGAGAGAGUAUGGAGGACACGAACAACUAUCUUACAGAGCACAGGAAAGAAUUUGUCCGAGAGUAUCUUUGCAAUUCUUCAAUCUUUAAAAGCCAGAGAAGAAGGACAUGCACUUGAACAGGGACGGGCCUCAAAUGCAGCACCUGUGGAUCCCACAUUGCGUACUAAACAGCUUAUCCCAGCUGCCUAUGACAGAUAUGACCAGGAAAGAUUCAAAGGAAAAAAAGAAAUGGAAGGCUUCAACAUUGACACUAUGGGCACCUACCAUGGUAUGACACUGAAAUCUGUAACGGAGGGUGCAUCUGCUCAAACUCCUGCAGCCCAGCCAGUACCAAGACCAGUUUCUCAAGCAAGACCUCCCCCAAGUCAGAAGAAAGGAUCUCAGACACCCAUUAUCAUAAUUCCCGCAGCCACCACCUCUUUAAUUACCAUGCUUAAUGCAAAAGACAUUCUACAGGACCUGAAAUUUGUCCCAUCAGAUGAAAAGAAGAAACGAGGUUGUCAACGAGAAAAUGAAAUUCUAAUACAGAGAAGAAAAGACCAGUUGCAACCAGGGGGCACUGCAAUUAGUGUCACAGUACCUUAUAAAGUAGUAGACCAGCCCUUUAAACUUAUGCCUCAAGACUGGGACCAGGUUGUAGCAGUUUUUGUGCAAGGUCCUGCAUGGCAGUUCAAAGGUUGGCCAUGGCUUUUGCCUGGUGGAUCGCCAGUUGACAUAUUUGCUAAAAUUAAAGCCUUCCAUCUCAAGUAUGAUGAAGUUCGUCUAGAUCCCAACGUUCAGAAAUGGGAUGUAACCAUAUUAGAACUCAGCUAUCACAAACGUCAUUUGGAUAGACCAGUUUUCUUACGGUUUUGGGAGACAUUAGACAGGUAUAUGGUAAAGCAUAAAUCCCACUUGAGAUUCUGA